ACUAAGCUAUACAAGUCCAUUAUCGAAGAUGUGAUUGAAGGUGUGCGGGAACUCUUUGCAGAAGAGGGUUUAGAGGAGCGGGUUCUGAAAGACUUGCAGCAGCUUUGGGAAACCAAGGUGAUGCAGUCUAAAGCAACAGAAGGCUUCUUCAGACAUAACCGCCAUUCUCCACAGUUUACCCUGCAGUUGCCGCACAAUUUUCACCACGUUCUGCAGGCUUCAGCAGCUUCUCUAGUGAUCCCAGCUGGCAGAGGUUUUCAGCACUUUGUGGCAGCAGACCUGGGCACUUCAGGAGCGAGUGCGACUCUUGCUCUCCCUUCAGGUAUUGCUUAUCCUGUACAUGUACCAGCUGGACUGACACUACGGACAGUGUCAGGGCAACUUUAUAAGGUGAACAUGCCCGUUAUGAUUACACGGGCCUUGGGAGAUACAAGUAUCUUGCAUCAUCCUGUGCAGCAGAUACUCCAGCCCUUUGGGCAGCCUUCAGUUCUGCAAGCCAACAUGGCCAGCGUUGCGCAGGCGAAUGCACCUUCUGCCCGGGCAGCUGCCAGAGCUUUGCAACGCCAGGAGACUUCUGCCCAGCAACAGCCUGUGGUGUUUCAGCCAAAUGUCAUGGAAAACAAACACUUGGGACACCCUGCCAAUCCUACAGUGGUCCAGCAGCCGUCUGUGAGUCAGCAGCAGUUUGCAACUGCUGCGGCGUUGAAUCAGUGUGCAGACUCGGCAGAAAAAUCCCAGCAGGGAGGUCUUCACGCAGCUGUGUUUGCUCCGGAAUCCUCUGAAGGGUUUUCUCCCGCUGAAUCCUUGGCAGGCGACGUGAGCAGCGUGCUGCUGGAUCUGGAGGGGCAGCUAGACGUGGAGCCUCAGGAGCUGGGGCAGCAGCAGGUGUCUGAUGAUAUCAUUGACCUUAUUAUUGCAGGCAAAGGUUUGGAGGAUAACGCUGCUCUGACAGAUCAGGGCAGCUCUGCUUCUGCUGACAAGAUGGAUCCUACUGAGCAGAUGGAAUCCAAUUUACGAUCAGAGAAGGAUGUCUGCAGUGACGUUGAAGGCAUAAUUCAGCUAGAUGGUACCGGUGAUGCUUCUCCCAAGGAAGAAAUCUCACAUACAAAAGAUGGAGAAGACAAUGAGUUCAUUGGCAUUAUUGAAUCAGAGGAUCUAAAAGUUCUGGAGGAUGAGGAAGACGAUGAUGAAGAGUGUGACAGUAUUUCAAACAUGGAGUCUAGCAGCAGCAGUAGUGAUAACGAAGAGCCCCAAGUAGAUAUUGUGGAGGAGGACCCUCUAAACUCUGGUGAUGAUGUCAGUGAACAGGACACUCCAGACUUGUUUGACACCGAUAAUGUGAUAGUUUGUCAGUAUGACAAG